GGAGGGGUUUUGCCUUGGCUCCGGUCAUUUCCUGUUGUGGCUGGCCUACCUAUGAGGGGGUCUGGGUUGGAAAGCUAGCAGCGAAGUCUGCUAGGGAAGUGGAAGGUUGUAAGAAACAAUUGGGGUUUAUUAUCGGCGAGGUACAAGAACAGCCAGCCAAGAUGGAAGACAACUCUUCAGAUCCUCCGGACCUGACCGCAGAUGAACGAAUGGAACUGGAAAACAUUCGCCGCAGGAAGCUAGAGCUUCUUGCAGAGAUUCAACGGCUCCGAGAUGAGCUGCAAGAAGCCAUGAGUGAAGUUGAGGGGCUAGAAAUGUCGGAAGGCAGUAAAACAUUACAACGGAACAAGCAAAUUGGAAUGGGCCGAAAGAAGUUCAACAUGGAUCCAAAAAAGGGUAUUGUGUUCCUUGUGGAACAUGAAUUGCUGAAACACACACCAGAAGAUGUCGCUCAGUUCCUUUAUAAAGGAGAAGGCCUAAAUAAGACUGCUAUUGGAGACUACUUGGGAGAGAGGGAUGACUUCAAUAUUAAUGUUCUUCAUGCAUUUGUGAACCUACAUGAAUUUACAGAUCUUAACCUUGUGCAAGCUCUCAGGCAGUUCCUUUGGAGCUUUCGUCUACCUGGAGAGGCUCAAAAAAUCGACCGCAUGAUGGAAACAUUUGCACAGCGCUACUGUUUGUGUAAUCCAGGGGUUUUCCAGUCAACAGACACAUGCUAUGUUCUUUCAUUUGCCAUUAUUAUGUUGAAUACCAGCUUGCAUAACCCAAAUGUUCGAGAUAAGCCACAAGUGGAUAGGUUCAUUCUGAUGAACCGAGGGAUCAAUGAUGGAGGAGACUUGCCAGAGGAGUUACUGCGGAACUUGUAUGACAGCAUUAAAAAUGAGCCAUUUAAAAUCCCAGAGGAUGAUGGGAAUGACCUCACACACACAUUUUUCAACCCUGACCGAGAAGGCUGGCUCCUCAAAUUGGGUGGUCGUGUGAAAACUUGGAAACGGCGCUGGUUCAUUCUGACUGAUAACUGCUUGUACUAUUUUGAGUACACAACGGAUAAAGAGCCACGAGGAAUCAUUCCACUUGAGAACCUGUCCAUCAGAGAGGUGGAGGAUCCCAGGAAACCGAACUGCUUUGAGUUGUAUAUACCGAACAGUCGGGGUCAGCCGAUCAAGGCCUGUAAAACAGAAGCAGAUGGACGAGUCGUUGAAGGAAAUCACAUGGUAUAUCGAAUCUCUGCUCCAACACUAGAAGAAAAAGAAGAAUGGAUAAAGUGCAUCAAAGCAGCUGUGAGUGUUGACCCAUUCUAUGAAAUGCUGGCAGCACGAAAGAAAAGAAUCUCCAAAAAGAAGCAGGAAGAGGCAGGUGUGUAAAGUGAUCUAGGUUUCGUGAUUGUGAAGAUAACUUAGUGGGUUGAGAGGACAGAAACAGGAAGGAAUCCAAGAUAUAUCCAUCUAUGUGGCAGAGGGAUGUUUUCUGUGGAGGAUAUUCUUCGUGUAUAAGAACAUGCUGGUCAGAAUAUUGUGCAGUACUUAUCUGCAUUGGCGCUGGUAGCCUGCAUUUGUGGACCUGUUAUAACAAGGAGUAAUAUUCUGAUUGUGGUCAGUGGCUUUCUUGUGAAGAGACGCUUGUGACCAAAUACUACUUCAACCCACUUUUUACAUUUUGCCUUGGAAUGGACAAAUGGACUGUUUAUCAUCAGAUUUAGCCUCCAAUUAACAUAUGGAUCAGCUUUGUAUGCACAGAGCAAAUUUCAGUACAGGGCUCCGUUUAUAUUUAUGGAAUUUUGUAAUUGACUUGCAACAGUUUAACUAACUGGCUCCAAUUAAGAACUUGCCAGGUAUUUGCUACAAGUCCCCUGAAAAGUUUGCUGAAAGUUUUUUGUUUUCUUACUGAGAGCUAUGGACUUCUCUGGCCUGAAAGACUUCCUGGCUAUUUUAAUCCAGAUAAAAAGACCAGUAAAUGAUGCAUAAAGUAGAAGAUUAAAAACUAGGUGUUACUGUCUGGGAUACUUUACUGGAGAGAGUAGAAAGACUGGAAUGUGCAGUCAGCCAUAAAAUACCCUGUGAAGUGCUGUAUUGUCAAGUGCAUGUUUCUGUAAUGUCAGAAGCUUGCCUGUGGAAUUAUGACCUCUUUUGUUUAUUUUGUACAUUGUAUUUAAGAAUACAAAAACAGUGAUUUCCUAA